CCGCUAAACCUAGCCUUUUGAUCUUUGAGGACCUUCAGUAGUAGGGGCUGAUUUCUUUCGAGUUGGCGAUGGUAUUCUUGACGAUCUCAUAUCUCCAUACCCUCUUGGCUACUCUGCAUAUACACCUGGAUCGACUGCCUAGAAAGCGUCGCACGAAAAAAGGACUAGUCAUCAAAAAGCUCUUGGAGAAAGCCACCGGAAAGCAUCAAUCUAAACUUGCAUUUGAAGCAAUUGAAAAAGGAGACGAACAGCUACCAUUAUGUCUGCCCCUCAACCCGAUAUGGCCGAGCAAAACAUCCAGCUGUGGAAGACCCGAAAGCUCAUCAAGCAGCUGGACUCGGCUCGUGGUGCUGGAACGAGUAUGAUCAGUUUGAUUAUCCCUCCCAAGUCCCAAAUCUCUCAAUUCGCCAACAUGUUGACGCAGGAAUACGGAACUGCCUCGAACAUCAAGUCCCGAGUGAACCGUCUCUCCGUCCUCGCCGCCAUCACCUCGACGCAACAGCGUCUCAAGCUCUACAACCGAGUGCCGCCUAACGGGUUGGUACUCUUCGUAGGAACAAUCUUGACGGACGAGGGAAAAGAGAAGAAGGUGUCGUUCGAUUUCGAGCCUCAUAAGCCUAUCAACACCUCGUUGUAUUUGUGUGACAACAAGUUCCACACCGAGGCCCUGGCCGAGCUCUUGGAGAGUGACUCCAAGUUCGGUUUCAUCGUCAUGGAUGGUAACGGUACUCUCUUUGGUACCCUCGCUGGAAACACCCGUGAAGUAAUUCACAAAUUCACCGUCGACCUCCCCAAGAAGCACGGUCGAGGAGGACAGUCUGCGCUGCGUUUCUCCCGUCUGCGUGACGAAAAGCGACACAACUAUGUCCGUAAAGUCGCCGAGUUGGCCGUCCAGCAUUUCAUCACCGCCGACAAGGUCAACGUGACCGGGUUGGUCUUGGCCGGUAGUGCCGAUUUCAAGAGCGAUCUGGCGGGUAGUGAUCUGUUGGACGGACGGUUGGGAGCCAAGGUCAUCAAGAUUGUCGACGUCUCGUACGGUUCCGAGAACGGUUUCAACCAGGCCAUCGAGCUCUCGGCCGAGUCCCUGGCAAACGUCAAGUUUGUGCAGGAGAAGAAGCUCAUCCAAAAGUACUUCGACGAGAUCGCCCAGGACACUGGCAAAUACUGUUACGGUAUCGACGACACCCUCAAGGCUCUCGAGCUCGGUGCCGUAGAGACCCUGAUCGUUUUCGAAGGUCUGGACACGCUGAGAUACGUCCUCCGAAGUGCUGCUGGGGAGGAACACGUUAUCCACUCGACCCCGGCCAACAAGGAAAGGGACAUGGAAAAGUUCAUGGACAAGGCGACCGGGCUCGAGAUGGAACAGGUUCAAGAGCCCGAGAGCUUGUUGGAGUGGUUCACGGAAAACUACAAGACGUGGGGUUGUGCGCUCGAGUUUGUGACGGACAAGAGUCAGGAGGGGAACCAGUACGUCAAGGGAUUCUCGGGUAUAGGCGGUAUCCUUCGAUACAAGGUCGACUUUAGCGAGAUGACCUCGAUAGACGAUGACGAGGACGAGUUCUACGGUUCUGAUGAUGACAGUGACAUGUAAACGGCUGCUCUUUUCUUCUCGUCAUCGAGCCUUUUCGUCGAUGAACGGACGAAUCAAGCUUUACACCUCCGAGCCACGGUAUUCCGACCUUUCGCAACAUUCCCACUUUGCAUCGACCAUCUUCUUCCUUGAUCCUUGAUCGACCAAGACCUCGAAUCAGGCGUUUUCCCCUCCCCCCUUCCCCUCCUGCCUUCAUCUUGUGGUUAUCGAAAAGCGACAAUCGUCUUUGCAUCAAUAUAGAGAAGGGUUGUAGACCGUUGUAUCAUUCAUAGUUUAUAGGUCUGUGUCCGAUGGCAUAUUUCUUUUCAAUACAAC